AUGGUAGCAGGGCCGACUCAGAUUAAGUCUGAGGCCGAAGAUGAAGAAGAGGAGGAGAAGAUUGGGAAAUCUGUUUCUCAUGGAGACCAUGUUGAGAUAUUCUCUACAUCCGGAGAGCAACAGCAGGAAGAUCAUGGAGCUAAGAGGUCUCACCACUGCCCACAUUGUGAGGAGAUUUUCCCAAUUCUAUCAAAACUAGAAAUACACCUAAAACUACACACAGGAGAUAAUCUGUAUUCCUGCACUGACUGUGGGAAGAGUUUCACAACAUCACAGGCUCUGACAGUUCAUCUGCGAGUCCACACUGGAGAAAAACCUUACUCCUGUUCUGACUGUGGGGAGAGUUUCUCUCAACAGAGCAGCUUAAAAACACACCAACGUAUACACACAGGAGAAAAGCCUUACUCAUGCUCUGACUGUGGGAAGAGUUUCUCCGUAUCAAGCAACUUAAAAACACACCUAAAAAUACACACCGGGGAGAAGCCUUACUUUUGCUCUGACUGUGGGGCGAGUUUCUCUCAACAGAGCCACUUACAAACCCACCAACAUAUACAUACAGGAGAGAAGCAUUACUUCUGCUCUGACUGCGGAAAAUUCUUCACAACAUCAGCUGAGUUAAGAGUUCAUCAAAGAACACACACAGGAGAGAAGCCUUACUGCUGCUCUGACUGUGGGAAGAGUUUCUCUCAACAGGUCCACUUAAAAUGUCACCAGCGAAUACACACAGGAGAGAAGCCUUACUCCUGCUCUGACUGUGGAAAGAGUUUCACCCGAUUGGAUAUAUUAAAAUGUCACCAGCGAAUACAUACAGGAGAUAAGCCUUACUCCUGCUCUGACUGUGGGAAGAGUUUCUCCCAACAGGGCAACUUAAAAAUACACCAACGUAUACAUAAAGGAGAGAAGCCUUAUUCCUGCUCUGACUGUGUAAAAUGCUUCACAACAUCAACUGAGCUAAAAUCUCAUCAGAGAACACACACAGGAGAGAAGCCUUACUACUGCUCUGACUGUGGGAAGAGUUUUUCCCGAUUGGCUACCUUAAAAACACAUCAAUGUAUACAUAAAGGAGAAAAGCCUCAUCACUUCCCUCAGACCAGCUAAGAUUAAAGUCACUCUAUCAAUUAAUUCUCAUCUCAUAAAAUAAGUGGUAACAGUGAAUUGGAUCAAAUGAAGAAAGCUUAGAACACGUUUCUCACUGUGAGAGAACUGUGCAGAGGAAAGGGAGCGUUCUAGAAUGAUGACAUUGGAAAUCAUCUUCCUCCAUCUUUUUUUUAAACUUCAAAACAUAGAAAUGCGCCAUUUUCACAUGUGUUAAUGUUGGGGUGUUGCUGGGGAUGAUGAAUAGGAAGUUGAAACAUUUUAAAAUGUCCCUUUUAAGGCAAAAACAAUAGGAUGGUGGUUGGUGGGGUGGAUGGAUGAGUCAGCAUAUAACAUGAAAGUCUAGCAACCCAACGGUUGAGUGUUCAAAUUUCAUCACUGACAACUUUAGCAUUUUAGCUAAUAAGCAACUUUGCAACUACACUACAUGACCAAAAGGACACUACCAUUCAAAAGUUUGGGGUCACUUAGAAAU